CUUUCUUUUCAUUCCCUUUUUCUUAAAAUUUACAGUCCUCUUUCUGUUCUUUUUUUUGAAAUCCUAAUUUUUUGCUCUUUUCGACCAUGGCAACAACGACUUCUGUCAGGUUACAAAUUUUUGGCAUCAACUCAUGCUCCACAUAAUCGCUUAAAGCUUUUUAUUCUACAAAUAGAGUUGCUGUGCGUGUACGACCUCUUUCUGAUUCUGAGAGGCAGCAGCAAAAUAAUGAAGAUAUCAUUCGUUUUGUACCCAGUGAACCACAAAUAUUAAUUGGAUACGAUCGUUCAUUCACAUUCGACUACGCUUAUCCUCCGCAAGCAACACAGAAGGAGUUGUAUGAUACAUGCGUAAUGCCGCUUCUUAAUAAAUUUGUCAGUGGUUACAACUCUACCAUUCUCGCCUAUGGCCAAACAGGCAGCGGCAAAACAUACAGCAUGGGCAUCGGACUAGAAACCAUUGCUGAAGAAGGGAUCGUGCCACGAUUUAUUUACGGAUUAUUCGACAAAAUUCAACAAUUGACAUCAUCAACACAUACAUUCCAAGUUGCAGUAUCGUUUGUGGAACUGUAUCAUGAAGAUCUCAUUGAUCUUCUAAGUCCGAACAGAAAAGAAGGUGUCAAUUUGUCGAUCCGCGAGGAUUGUCAAGGAAACAUCUGUUGGAUGGGUGUGCGAGAAGAGUUGGUGCAAAAUCCCGACGAACUAUUCGGAUUGCUGCAAAAAGGAUCAAUUGCACGUACAACAGCUUCGACGGACAUGAACCGAACAUCAUCACGAUCGCAUGCCAUAUUCUCCGUAAUUCUGAAGCAGACCGUUCAGGAAGCGGAGCAUAACGUUGACGAUGGAUCGAAUGUGGAUCCGACUAUUGUAUCUCCGGUGAUCUCGAAUAUCAUGUCAGACAAUAAAGUUCCAGCUUCCGACGCGACCAUAAUCACUAGACAAAUUACAUCAAAAUUUCAUUUCGUCGAUCUAGCUGGCUCUGAAAGGCUUAAACGUACUAAUGCGGUCGGCGAUCGUGCCAAAGAAGGCAUCUCGAUCAAUUCAGGUUUACUUGCUUUGGGCAACGUGAUUUCAGCAUUAGGAGAUCCUUCUCGACGAGUCUCGCAUAUCCCCUAUCGUGAUUCCAAGCUGACGCGCUUAUUACAAGACAGUCUGGGAGGAAACAGUCAAACAUUGAUGCUUGCUUGCUUAUCACCGGCCGUCAUCAAUUUCCCCGAGACGCUCAAUACUUUAAAAUAUGCCAAUCGAGCGCGUAAUAUUCGGAAUAGAGUGGUGGUGAAUCAAGAUACUGGCGAGAGCAACCGUUUGAAGGCCUUGAUUGUCCGACUUAAAGAUGAAAUUCGAACCAACGACGAAUUUUUACGUGCAGUGAACGACGAAAUGGAUAGCCUCAAACGUGAAGUGCAAUCCUUGACGCAACUGUCGAGAGCAUUAGCUGAUGAACUGGCCAGGACGAAAAAGGAACGUGAUCUUCUCCGCACCGAGGUAUCGGCAGAAGCAAUCAGCAAAGUCAACUGUUCUUUGGAGGAAAAUGGAAAAACUGAACAGCUACAUCUUGAUCUACUCAGUGCACAGUGUUCAAGCUCCAAAAUUGCGCACGAUACCCACCUGGCCCCUUCCCAAGUACUGCCUAUUCCUCACUCUUCUGGAUAUAGCACAGGAGCUGCCAGUGGCCUUUCUGAAGACGAUAGUGCAACCUUGGUUGGAUCUCUCAGUAAGGAUUCGAUGUUGAAAAGCAUGGAACAAUUGAUGGAAAGUCCAGAACGAAGCCGCAAGAAGAGACGAAGCUACAGAUUCGGCAGCAAAAGAUCGGUGCGCGGCCGUCGACGACAUAGUUUUACGUCUCAGGAUGCACCCAAAGCAUCAACUGGCCGUGACAAGGCAACCGGGGCUGGAAAUUUCCUUGUAAAGCAAGCCAAGGCAGAUAUACGAGACGAUUUAGGUUUCUUGGUGAAAUUCAAGGAAAUGCAGCAACAGAAGGAUACGGAUAUUUACAGCUUUACUGAUACAUUGCAAGCCGACCUUAAGCUUUCAAUUCCAGUUUCCGUACCGCAGCCCAACAGACGAUACAGUGCCUUGAGAUCCUCUUCAGCGCCCCACAAUAAUCUUGUACAUAAACUCAUGGCACGCUACAGCGCUGGUAUAGAAAAACGGCAGCAGUUAAUUGUGCAACUGGAACAAGAGAGCAAAGAGAGAAAGGAAAUCGAGCAGCAACUUGCUGCAUUGACAGCUAAGCACACGAAAGCCAUAACACAGCAUCAACGAGCAGUAUCAGAGCUUUCGCAGCAGCACGAGAAUAAAUGUCGGAAGCAGUUAAUCGAAAUCCAAACUUUACGUCGAAAGCAUUCGCAAUUGGUCCACAACAGCGCAACCACUCGUUCAAAAAAUGAAGCGACGAUCAGCAGUUUGAAACAAAAGUUGGAAGAAGCACGUCACGAGAAGAAACGUCUGAUAAAGCGCAUCAAGCAAGAAUCUGAUCGUGCACGUGAUCGAUGCGGUGACCAUGAACGCGAAUUACAAAGGUUAAGGCAGUCCGAGACGAAGACGAUGAAUGCUCGUAAGCGGCAUGAACGCGAGCUGGCGCAUCAUAAGCAAGCAGCCAAGCGAGCCUCGGAGGAAUCGAUGAAUUUGAACACGCAGUUAAAGCAAGUGGCACUGAUGCUAAAGAAAGCCAUGGCGCAGAAACAAGUAGACCGAGCAUUAGUGGCCAAAGCGCUGUCCUGUACUGCGGCAAAAGGUCAUUUUACUAAGCAAAACUCGCAAAGACGGUCGAACAAAACGGAAGAACCAAAGAUCAAACAGUUGCAUGAGCGUAUUCACGACCGCAAAAAUCUUCUUCGACGGGCUAUCGCACUGCAUACUACGUGGCAAAUACCAGUGAAGAUAAUCCAGGAACUUGAACAAAAGUGCCAGCGCUUAAAGACGGAGCAGGAGGAACUUUUAGCCGAACGACAAGCUGUACUGACGGAAGAAGCGCAACAUAUGGACUCGGACGUCGUAGUAAACGCCUCUGCACCGCAAUAUAUGGAUGAGCGCAUCGACAUGAUUACAGCGCAGGUUGAUUUCUUGAAAUAUCAACUUGAUCAGCUCCAAGCCCAACAACUAGAGGACAACGAUGACGAUAGCUGGGUAGAGGUGGUCGAUCCAUCAACCACAAACCAAGGGUAUAAUGAAGCUCAGGCAGCAUAUGAAAUUGCUUCAUUUAUUAUCCAAUCUUUGGAGCCUGAUGAAAUGCAAGCGGUUGCGAAAUUCCUACUUGAAGAGCUUGUCGAGAGUCGGGCCGAAGAACAAACGUGUCGCACGCUCCUAAAACAAGUUGAUCAGUCACUGCACCGUUUUCAGCAAACACUCGUAAAGAUGCGCCGAUUAGCACGCGAACACGGCAUGGCAGGCAUGAGCCAGGAAAGUUGUGAUCAAUUUACUACUAUGCUCGAUUCUGUACAUUCACAAGCUAUGCAAGGCCGCGUUCACUAUCUCAACGGUCUUGUCCUAUUGUAUUCCAACGCUAACGUGAUAUGCACUACAGAAGCCCCUUUAUCAGCAAGAGAAAUGAUGAUUGAAACGAUCGACUCAGAAGCUGGACAGGAACAAAACGUAACCACCAAUUCUUCGUUCACUCUGCGCAGUUCCUUAUCAGUUCCUUGCGGACUUACAAUCUCGGAUAACUGCUCUUUGUCUGAGAUCGAUCCAAUGAGGGCGGCAUCUCCCCAGGGCACGGAAGGUUUUAUGUGUUUCUGAUUACAGCCACCGCCUUUUUCCUUUGUCGUGGGAGCCUUGUUUGUGUAUCCUAAAUAUAACUUUGCAUCAUUAUCUCUAGACAUAUUCUACAUAUUACAGCUUUAUCAUAUCUACAUUGUUAAAUACAUCAUUCACAUACAUGCUUAUAAUGAC